UCCCGCCGCCCGCCCUCCCUCCCUCCCUCCCGGCCUAUGGCCCGGGGGGGCCCCCGGAGGCCAUGGAUCUCCGGACGGCCGUGUACAACGCGGCCCGGGACGGGAAGCUCCAGCUGCUGCAGAAGCUGCUGAGCGGCCGGAGCCGGGAGGAGAUGGAGAACCUGACGGGGGAGAGCUCGGGCGGCCCCGGGGGGACCCCGCUCCUCAUCGCCGCCCGCUACGGCCACCGGGGCGUGGUGGAGUACCUCGUCGACCACUGCCGGGUCGACGUGGAGGCCGGCGGCUCGGUCCACUUCGACGGCGAGACCAUCGAGGGGGCCCCGCCGCUGUGGGCCGCCUCGGCCGCCGGCCACCUGGACGUGGUGCAGAGCCUCCUCCGCCGGGGCGCCUCGGUCAACUGCACCACCCGCACCAACUCCACCCCGCUGCGGGCCGCCUGCUUUGACGGCCACCUGGAUGUGGUGCGCUACUUGGUGGGCGAGCACCAGGCCGACCUGGAGGUGGCCAACCGACACGGCCACACCUGCCUGAUGAUCUCGUGCUACAAGGGCCACCGGGAGAUCGCCCGCUACCUGUUGGAGCAGGGGGCCCAGGUGAACCGCCGCAGCGCCAAGGGCAACACCGCCCUGCACGACUGCGCCGAGUCGGGCAGCCUGGAGAUCCUGCAGCUCCUGCUGGGCUGCAACGCCCGCAUGGAGCGGGACGGCUACGGCAUGACGCCGCUGCUGGCGGCCAGCGUGACGGGCCACACCAACAUCGUGGAGUAUCUGAUCCAGGAGCCCCCAGAAGCGGGCGAGUCGCCAGGCCCGGAAGAGCCCCGGGAGGCGGCCGAGCCCGAGCCGGCCGAGCCCUACGAGAAGUGCUGCCCCACCAGCCGGGAGGCGGCCGUCGAAGCCCUGGAGCUGCUCGGCGCCACCUUCGUGGACAAGAAGCGGGACCUGCUGGGCGCCCUCAAGUACUGGAGGCAGGCCAUGGACCUGCGCCACCAGGGGGGCGCCUACCUGCCCAAGCCCGAGCCCCAGCAGCUGGUCCUGGCCUACGACUACUCCACCGAGGUGACCACGGCCAAAGAGCUGGAGGCCCUGAUCACCGACCCGGACGAGAUGCGCAUGCAGGCCCUCCUGAUCCGCGAGCGCAUCCUGGGGCCCUCCCACCCAGACACCUCCUACUACAUCCGCUACCGCGGGGCCGUGUAUGCCGACGCGGGCAACUUCGAGCGCUGCAUCCACCUGUGGAAGUACGCCCUGGACAUGCAGCAGAGCCACCUGGAGCCCCUGAGCCCCAUGACCGCCAGCAGCUUCCUCUCCUUCGCCGAGCUCUUCUCCUACGUGCUCCAGGAACAUGCCACCAAGGAGAGCUUGAGCCCGCAGAUCGGCUUCCCCGAGCUGAUGGGGGUGCUUGGGAAAGGGGUGCGCGAGAUCGAGCGGGCCCUGCGGCAGCCCAAGGGCCCCGGGGACUGCCUGCAGUUCACCAAGGCCCUGGCCAUCAUCCUUCACCUCAUCUUCCUCAUGCAGAAGGUGGACUGCGACGCCGAGCAAGAGCACCUCAAGCGCCAGACCAUCUACCGCUUGCUCAAGUGCAGCCCCCGGGGGCAGAACGGCUUCACGCCCUUGCACAUGGCCGCCGACAAGGACACCACGACGGUGGGGCGCUACCCCGUGGGCAAGUUCCCCUCCAUCCACGUGGUGAACGUGCUGCUGCAGUGCGGGGCCGACCCCGACAGCCGGGACUUCGACAACAACACCCCGCUGCACGUGGCUGCCCUGAACAACUGCCCCAUCAUCAUGGCUGCCCUCAUCGAGGCCGGGGCCCACCUGGAUGCCACCAACGCCUUCAAGAAAACCGCCUACGAGCUGCUGGACGAGAAGCUGCUCAAAAGCACCAUGCAGCCCUUCAACUACAUCACCCUCCGGUGCCUUGCUGCCCGAGCCCUGGACAAGCACAAGAUCCCCUACAAGGGCUUUAUCCCUGAGGAGCUGGAGGCGUUCAUUGAGAUGCACUAGCCCGGCGGGGGGCGCUCCUCGCCCCGCCUGCCUAGCCCUCCCACCCGUUUAUAACAGGUUCUCUUUUUCGUCUUCCCAGGGAGGGAUUUCUUCAAGCGAACUGCCCUCACUUUCCUCCUCCCACUCCCCACCCCCCACCCCACCUCCUCCUGAAGCAAGGGAAAGGAAUCAAGCAAGGGCAGCAAGUCUCUGCCACCUCCUCAAGAUAAACGCCUUCAGGGAAUUGCACUAGGUGAGCUUGCCUCCCACUCCCACCCCCACCCCGUGCCGGGAAGGAGGAAAGACCCAAGUGUCUUGAAAUUCUCCUUCCCCCUCAAUCUCCACGCCACUGAGGGAGGUCUUCGAUGACCCCGCCCCCGUGGUGGGGAGAGAGGAGGUUGGCCGGGGGCCCAGAGCCGUGACCUUCUUACCCACCGGCCCAGAGAAAGGCUCACAGGCUGUCCACAGCCCACUCUUCCUUCCCCUUCCAUGCCGGAAGAACUCCACCAGGCUGCUUCAGAGCAGGCAAGGGG